GUAACUAUACCAUUCUCUUGGUGGGAGGCCUGACCAACCACGCGGCACAUGCGCACUGCCCACUUGACCUUGAACCUUGCCCUUUGAUCAUCAUCGAUACCAACCUUGUGCAAUCAACACACCUCACCUAGAGAGGAUAUCCUCCGUUUGAGAUAUCAGUCUUUCCAGCAAAAAGCAAUACUAUCCAGUUCCUGGCGAGACAGAAAGAACAGCGACGAACUGACGGGCGGGAAGCGGGGGAGCUUAUCCAUCCCCGUACCUUGAGCAAGCAAUCGAACGCCGACGUCAGAGCUUCCUUUCCGGAACCCCUCACCACCACCUACCAGCAACGCCGAAACCGCCAACCCUAGACAAAAAACUGCGCAUCUUCUCUGCCGAAGGGUCGGGAUAGCACAAGAGUUUUCUUUUUGAUCGAGUCGCAUCGGCCUUUUCUGCCAGGGAUAGCAAGCUUAGCAACACAUUCGCCCAGCAUGUUCCGAGCGGCGGCGGCCGGGCCGUAUGAUGAGGCCAUUAACAAAGCCACGGAUGAGAAUCUUACUUCCGAGGACUGGGGAGCCAUCAUGGAGGUUUGCGACCGGGUAGCGAGCGAUGCCAAUGGGAGCAAGGAUGCGGUGCAGAGCAUGAUUAAGAGGCUGGCUCAUCGGAAUGCGAAUGUGCAGUUGUAUACUCUUGAGGUCGCAAACGCUCUCUCCCAAAACUGUGGAAAGAACAUGCACCGCGAGCUCUCCUCCCGUGCGUUUACCGAUGCCCUUCUCAAACUGGCCAACGACCGGAACACGCACAAUCAAGUCAAGGCGAAGAUUCUGGAGAGGAUGAAGGACUGGAGCGACAUGUUCAAGUCUGAUCCGGAUCUGGGGAUCAUGUACGAUGCUUACUAUCGCCUGAAGCAGAGCAACCCCACGCUGCACCCUCCUAGCGCGCCGCAGAAGAAUAGCUUGACCGAGGUGGAUAGGCAGAAAGAGGAGGAGGAGUUGCAGAUGGCGCUCAAGCUGAGCUUGCAGGAGGAGGAGAGGAAGAAGGGGAAGGGAGUUGGUGGGAGUAGUUCGGCUGCUGCUGGCCCCAGUGGGAGUGCCGGUGCGGGUCAGCAACAACAACAGCAGCAGCAGCAGCAGGAGGAGGCGGCAGCGCCGAUCCAGCCGGUUGCUUCUGGGACUACGGCGGCGACGGUGUCGAGGGUGAGGGCUUUGUACGAUUUCUUGCCGUCGGAGCCGGGGGAGUUGGAGUUCAAGAAGGGGGAUGUGAUUGCCGUGUUGGAGAGUGUGUAUAAGGAUUGGUGGAGGGGUUCGUUGAAGGGGAAAACGGGCAUUUUCCCCUUGAAUUAUGUGGAGAAGUUGACCGAUCCCACGCCGGAUGAGCUGCAGAGGGAGGCGCAGAUGGAGGCGGAGGUGUUUGCUGAGAUCAAGAAUGUGGAGAAGUUGUUGACGUUGUUGAGUGCGAGCAAUACUGGGCCGAGGGAGGAGGAUAACGAGGAGAUAUCGAAGCUCUAUCACCAGACGUUGGCCAUUCGGCCUAAGCUUAUCAAGCUGAUUGAGAAGUACUCUCAGAAGAAAGAUGACUUUACGCAGCUGAAUGAAAAGUUCAUCAAGGCUAGGAGAGACUACGAGGCUCUGCUUGAGUCGUCCAUGUCUCACCCUCCUGGUCCCACGUAUCACCAAUACGCGAUGCGCCCCCAGAUUCCUGGAGGCUAUCCUCCUGCCGGCCAGGGCUACGCUCCUGGUCCAUCUGGUCCUCAAGACCCGCAGAGAUUCUACACUCCUGCCCCUGCUCAACAAGAAUCAUCUCAAUACCCAUCAUCCUCACCUUCUCCCAACUUCCAGCGUCCUCCUCAGACGGGAACUCCUGCGCCGGUGUAUUUCGCGGGUGCGGAGAUUCCAUCCCAGCCAAAUCAAGCACCACCACAGGCGCCUCAGCAACAGGCACCACCACAACCUCCUCAGCAGCAGCAAGCGCCACAACAGCAGCAGGGAUACCCUCAACGUCCGAACGAACAGAGGGUGCCGUCUAGCGGGCAGCAGCCGGCCCCGAUCCAGACUUCUGUGUCGCCUCCUCCUCAGGGGCAGUACGCGGCUUAUCAGUCCCCGUCAACAGGGGGCCCGGGUGGUAACCCUCGUCCGCAAAGUUAUGGGGGGCCGCAGGAGUUGUCCACCUCGGUUUAUGACUCGCCUGUUGCGGCGCAUCAUAAUCCGAGCGGGUCGUACGCUUCGUUUUAUAGCGCCAACAACAACGACGAUCCUUAUGCGGCUGCCAGCCCAAGUGCGCCGAGUGCUCCGGGUGCUCCCCCGCUGGCUGUUCCCGGGGGAGUGCAGACCAAUCCUUAUUAUGCUGCUGCUGCGAAUGCGGGUGGGCAGUAUGGAGGUGAGGGAUAUGGUGGUGCGCCGGAUAGUCCGUACAUGUCAAAGCCGGCGGUGCCGGUGACCACGAUGUCGCCCCCGCCGUUGAAGCCGAGCGGGCCGGCGUUUGAUGCUCGGCAGGGGUUACCUAGUCGGAUUGGGGAGGGUGCUGCUGGUGCUGGUGGUGGUGCCGCUGCUGGGGGAGGGGGAGGGGAGGGGAGGUAUAAAGCUUAUGUUCCGCCUAGUGCGCAGGUUGCUGGAGGUGGGGAUGAUGCGGCGGGGAAUUAUUAUAGGGGGACUGGGUAUUAGGAGGGAUGUGUAUUCAAUUUUUGUGUGAUGUGGGUUGAGGGUCUGGUACGUAACUGAUGGUGAAUGUAUGCGUUGCGUUGUGAUUUUUGUGUGAGCUGGUAGUAUGUGGUGUUGCUGUGAGGGAAGGCGGUGGUGCGGGAGCUAUGGUGGGUCGGAGGAAUGAACGCG